AUGACUUAUUUUUCUUUUGUUGUGGUGAUUUUUAUUUUAUGUGUUUCAUCCUCCUAUGGAGCCAAUGGAGUCAAAGUAGUAGAUGUGGAUACUAUUUGCAAGGGAGUCAUAGACUAUACAUAUUGUUCAAAUCUUCUCAAUUCAAAACCUGGAAAAAAUCGAGAUCUCAUUAGCUUUGCAGAAUACGGCAUUGGAGUAGCUCGUGUCAAUGUGACCAACACAUUCAAUUUAAUCCGAAGACUAAUUGCGAACAGUGGUAGUGAUGUUGGGGCAAAAAAACAUUAUGAAAUAUGCUUAUAUCAUUUCGAUGCAAAAGUAGGCGCCCUUCGUUUGGUUGAUGAAGCUGUACGAAAUUUAAAGACAGGAGAUUACGGAUCCGCCCGUGAAAGAGCAGGUGCUAUAUCAGUUCAUUGUUUUGAUUGUGUUAGAGGAGAGUCACCUGGUGAAACUCCUUUUCCUGAUCCAUCACAACUCCCAAAAUAUGCUCAUGUUGUCAUUCAAAUUUCUCAGAUUCUUGAGCAUAUAUUUCGUUUUAUAAUUUAUGCAUAA